AUGAACUCAGUGAGCAAAUCGGCGUCCACCCCACACUCAGUGAGCACAGUGGCGCCUACCCCUCGCUCAGUGAGCACAGAAGCACCCACCCUGCACUCAGUGAGGACAGCGGCGAUCACCCUGCACUCAGUGAGGACAGCGGCGAUCACCCCACACUCAGAGAGCACAGAAGCACCCACCCUGCACUCAGUGAGCACAGCAGCGACCACUCCCAGCUCAGUGAGCCCAGCAGCGCCGACGCCGCACUCAGUGAGCACAGCGGCACAGACCUCGCACACAGUGAGCACAGCGGCGACCACCGGGAACUCAGUGAACACAGUGGCGACCUCCCUGCACUCAGUACACACAGCAGCGCCCACCCCGCACUCAGUGAGCACAGCGGCGACCUCCCCGCAAAAAGUUAUCACAGCAGCGCCCACCCUGCACUUAGUGAGCACAACAGCGACCUCCCCACACUCAGAGAGCACAACAGCGCCCAGCCCACACUCAGAGAGCACAGCGGCACCCACCCCACACUCAGUAAGCACAGCGGCGACCACCCCGCAAAAAUGGAGCACAGGGGCGCCCACCCCGCACUCAGUGAGCAUAGCGGCAACCACCCCGCACUCAGUGAGCACAGCGGUGACCACCCUGCACUCAGUGAGCGCAGUAGCGCCCACCCAGUACUCAGUGAGCAAAGCGACGCCGACCUCGCACUCACUGAGCACAGCGGCGACCACCCCUCACUCAGUAAGCACUGCAGCGACCUCCCUGCAAAAAGCGAGCACAGCAGCGCCCACCCUGCACUCAGUGAGCACAGCAGCGCCCACCCUGCACUCAGUGAGCACAGGGGUGCCCACCCCGCACACAGUGAGCAGAGCAGCGCCCACCUCACACUCAGUGAGCACAGCAGCGCCCACCCCGCACUCAGUGAGCACAUCUCGCCCACCCCACACUCAUGAGCACAGUGGCGUCUACCCCUCGCUCAGUGAGCACAGCGGCGAUCACCCUGCACUCAAUGAGAACAGCGGCGAUCACCCCGCACUCGAUGAGCACAGCGGCGACCUCCCCGCAAAAAGUGAGCACAGCAGCGCCCACCCCGCAAAAAGUGAACACAGAAGCACCCUCCCUGCACUCAGUGAGCACAGCAGCGAUCACCCUGUACUCAAUGAGAACAGCGGCGAUCACCCUGCACUCAGUGAGCAAAGCGGCGUCUACCCCGCACUCAGUGAGCACAUCGGCGACCACCCCGCAAAAAGUGAACACAGAAGCACCCUCCCUGCACUCAGUGAGCACAGCAGCGACCACUCUCAGCUCAGUGAGCCCAGCAGCGCCGACGCCGCACUCAGUGAGCACAGCGGCACAGACCCCGCACUCAGUGAGCACAGCGGCGACCACCCCGCACUCAGUGAGCACAGCAGCGCCCACCCUGCACUUAGUGAGCACAGCGGCGCCCACCCCGCACUCAGUGAGCACAACAGCGACCUCCCCAGACUCAGUGAGCACAGCAGCGCCCACCCCACACUCAGAGAGCACAGUGGCCUCCACCCCACACUCAGUAAGCACAGCGGCGACCACCCCUCCUUCAGUGAGCACAGGGGUGACUACCCCACACUCAGUGAGCACAGCAGCGAGCACCCUGUACUCAGUGAGCACAUCAACGAGCACCCUGCACUCAGUGAGCACAGCAGCAAGCACCCUGCACUCAGUGAGCACAGCGGUGACCACCCCACACUCAGUGAGCACAGCGGCGCCCACCCUGCACUCAGUGAGCGCAGCAGCGCCCACCCAGCACUCAGUGAGCAAAGCGGCGACCACCCAGCACUCAGUGAGCACAUCGGCGACCACCCAGCACUCAGUGAGCACAGCGGCGCCCACCCCUCACUCAGUGAGCACAGAGCGACCUCCCUGCAAAAAGCGAGCACAGCAGCGCUCACCCCGGACUCAGUGAGCAAAGCAGCGACCACCCCGCACUCAGUGAGCACAGUGACGCCUACUCCACACUCAGUGAGCAUAGCAGUGCCUACCCCCACAAAAAGUGAGCACAGCAGCGCCCAAUCCACACUCAGUGAGCACAGCGGCGGUCACCCCACUCUCAGUGAGCACAACAGCGCCCAACCCGAACUCAGUGAGCACAGCGGCGACCUCCCCGCACUCAGUGAGCACAGCAGCGACCACUCUCAGCUCAGUGAGCCCAGCAGCGCCGACGCCGCACUCAGUGAGCACAGCGGCACAGACCCCGCACUCAGUGAGCACAGCGGCGACCACCCCGCACUCAGUGAGCACAGCAGCGCCCACCCUGCACUUAGUGAGCACAGCGGCGCCCACCCCGCACUCAGUGAGCACAACAGCGACCUCCCCAGACUCAGUGAGCACAGCAGCGCCCACCCCACACUCAGAGAGCACAGUGGCCUCCACCCCACACUCAGUAAGCACAGCGGCGACCACCCGUCCUUCAGUGAGCACAGGGGUGACUACCCCACACUCAGUGAGCACAGCAGCGAGCACCCUGUACUCAGUGAGCACAUCAGCGAGCACCCUGCACUCAGUGAGCACAGCAGCAAGCACCCUGCACUCAGUGAGCACAGCGGUGACCACCCCACACUCAGUGAGCACAGCGGCGCCCACCCUGCACUCAGUGAGCGCAGCAGCGCCCACCCAGCACUCAGUGAGCAAAGCGGCGACCACCCAGCACUCAGUGAGCACAUCGGCGACCACCCAGCACUCAGUGAGCACAGCGGCGCCCACCCCUCACUCAGUGAGCACAGAGCGACCUCCCUGCAAAAAGCGAGCACAGCAGCGCUCACCCCGGACUCAGUGAGCAAAGCAGCGACCACCCCGCACUCAGUGAGCACAGUGACGCCUACUCCACACUCAGUGAGCAUAGCAGUGCCUACCCCCACAAAAAGUGAGCACAGCAGCGCCCAAUCCACACUCAGUGAGCACAGCGGCGGUCACCCCACUCUCAGUGAGCACAACAGCGCCCAACCCGAACUCAGUGAGCACAGCGGCGACCUCCCCGCACUCAGUGAGCACAGCGGCGACUUCCCCACACUCAGUGAGCACAGCAGCGCCCACCCCGUACUCAGUGAGCAUAGCAGCGCCCACCCAACACUCAGAGAGCAUAGCGGCACCCUCCCCUUACUCAGUAAGCACAGCGGAGAUCACCCUACAAAAAGUGAGCACAGAAGCGCCCACCUUGCACUCAGUGAGCAAGGUGGCGACCACCCUGCAAAAAGUGAGAACAGCAGCGCCCACUCUGCACUCAGUGAACACAGCAGCGCCCACCCAGGCCUCAGUGAGCACAGCGGUGCCCUCCCCUCACUCAGUGAGCAUAGAGUGACCACCCCGCAAAAAGUGAGAACAGAAGCACCCACCCUGCACUCAGUGAACACAGCGGCGAUCACCCUGCACACAGUGAGCAAAGCGGCGUCUACCGCGCACUUAGUGAGCACAGCAGCGGUCAUCCCGCAAAAAAGUGAGCACAGUAGCGCCCGCUCUGCACACAGUGAGCACAGCGGCGAGCACCCCGCACUCAGUGAGUACAGCGGCGCCUACCCAGCAUUCAGUGAGCUCAGCGGCGCCGACCUCGCAUUCAGGGAGCACAGCAGCAGCCACCCCGCACUCAGUGAGCACCGCGGCGCCCACCUUUCACUCAGUGAGCAUAGUGGCGACCUCCCCGCACUCAGUGAACACAGCGGCGCCGACCCCGCACUCAGUGAACACAGCGGCGCCCACCCCGCACUCAGUGAUUACAGCGGCGCCCACCCUGCACUCAGUGAGCUUAGCGGAGCCCAAUCCCCACUCAGUAAGCAUAGUGGCGACUACCCCGCAAAAAGUGAGCACAGUAGCGCAAAUGUUGCACUCAAUGAGCACGGCGGAGGGCACCCCGCAAAAAUAGAGUACAGUGGCGCCCACCCCGCACUCAGUGAGCAGAGCGGCGCCGACCUCGUACUCAGUGAACACAGCGCCGACCACCCAGCAAAAAGUGAGCAAAGCAGCGUCUACCCCGCACUCAGUGAGCAAAGCAGCGACCACCCCGCAAAGAUGUGA